AUGGCGUAUUAUUCUAUUUUUAAACGGUCAUGGCGUAAAACCGUCGCAUCCCUACAGGAAAAUAUAAUUAUUUCAUUACUUAUAAUAUGUCCAAACCUUGUUGUCUAUAAUGGACAUGCUAUUCCAAAGAAAUAUCGCGAUUAUGCUAAAACUGUUCCAAAACAAGCUUAUAAGCUUAUAAAUGCAGGAUUACAGAUUGACUAUCCAAUAGAUAUUGGAGAAGUUCAAAUGGAGAUCAAUAAAUUUAAUUUAGAUGAACUUUACAAUUUUGAAGCCGUUGAUAGUGAAUCAAGUGCAAGUUUUCCUCCAUAUAUACGAAGCACACCUGAUGAUUCUCGUAGUGUUUACAGUGUUUUCAGUCAAUCUUCUCCAAAAUAUAGAAAAUGUUUCCACUCUCCAAGCAGACACGAAUAUAAAGAAAAUACAGAGAAGAAGAAGAUCACCAGAAUUCAAAGCCAAAAGCUUUUGAAAUCCGUUAAAAAUAUUUUAGAAAAAUCUGGGUUUGAUAUCCACCAAAAUUCCAAAACGUCAUCCGUUUUGCUUAAGUUAUCAGAAUUACUUAAUUCUGGAAACAUAUCAUUUUGA